UGAAUGAGGAGAAGUCAGGUAGUUUAUUGUUAACACACAGCCGGAGCUUUAAACUUCUGCAUCCCUUGGAAUCUAGGAAUUAUGAUGAUGAUUGCACAAUGUAAGGACUGAAGUCAUGGCACUGACCCCUCACUUACUUACACUAGCUCACCCUCUCAUACCUUCACACACACUCUCUCGCAUUAACACAUGACCGCUUGCUCUGAGGACUAAUGGAAUGAGAGCUCAGCGUCUCACCAGAUCUCCUUGACUCGCCUCGCUCUGCAGGAAGCUGCCAGUUAUGCAGGACAGGACAGUUCAGAUCAGCUGGAAUUGGGUCUUCCCUUUGCCUUCUACAGGGGCUUAUGAUUGGCGCCUAUGAGGAAGACACUCCCACAGCUUGGCUAUUAUUAAGUUCCAGGUUCUGUGUGAGACGGCCAACCUCAGACCACCGUUCGCCAGCCAGCCCAACCACUGACACGCAUUUUAUCCUUCCACUUCGGUGUCUGGGAGGAGACCUAUAGGUGAGUGUCCACUAACACCAUCCUCAUCCACCCGGGCUGCGCCACCCACGGACAACCCCACCUUCAUUCCCAGCCCCUCACCCCGCGGCAUCAUGGGGGACGUAGUCCAGAUGCACUUCUCCACGCCGGACUAUGUGAUCUUUGCCCUGCUGCUGGUGGCGUCCACAUGCAUCGGCCUGUUCUACGCCCUGUCCGGCGGGCGCCAGCGCACCACGCAGGAGUUCCUAUUGGCCGACCGUUCUAUGAGCUGCCUGCCCGUGUCGCUGUCACUGCUCGCCACCUUCCAGUCAGCCGUGGCCAUCCUGGGAGUGCCCUCGGAGAUCUACACCUACGGAACGCAGUACUGGUUCCUGGGAGUCUCCUACUUCCUGGGUCUGCUUGUCCCCGCCCACGUCUUCAUACCUGUCUUCUACAGGCUCCGCCUCACCAGUGCUUAUGAGUAUUUGGAGCUGCGCUUCAAUAAGACGGUUCGCAUCAUGGGCACCGUGACCUUUAUCUUUCAGAUGGUGAUCUAUAUGGGAGUGGUCCUCUAUGCACCAGCACUCGCACUCAAUGCAGUGACUGGAUUUGACCUCUGGGGGGCAGUGCUGGCCAUGGGACUGGUGUGCACCCUGUACACAACAUUAGGAGGGCUGAAAGCAGUCAUCUGGACCGACGUGUUCCAGACCAUUGUGAUGUUUGCUGGCCAACUGGCGGUCAUCAUAGUGGGGGCCCACCAGGCAGGAGGCAUGGGAGAGGUGUGGAGGAAAGCCAUCAACGGCAGCCGCAUCGCAAGUCUGGACCUGAACCCUGACCCGACGGAGAGGCACACAUUCUGGACGCUGGGCGUGGGCGGGGUGUUCCUCAUGCUGGCGCUGUACGGGGUCAACCAGGCCCAGGUCCAGAGGUACCUCAGCUCCCGCACUGAGAGGGAGGCGGUCAUGUCGUGCUACGUGGUGUUUCCCUGCCAGCAGGUGGUGUUGUGUCUGGGCUGUCUGAUGGGCCUGGUGAUGUUUGCUCGCUACGGUGAGGAUAGCCCACUGGAUAAGGGUUACGUCAAAACCAACGACCAGAUGGUGCUGUACUUUGUGAUGGAUGUGUUCAGGGACCUGCCUGGCCUACCAGGGCUGUUUGUCGCCUGCCUGUUCAGCGGCGCUCUCAGUACCAUCUCAUCAGCGUUUAACUCCCUAGCGACGGUAACCAUGGAGGACCUAAUCAAGCCUUACUGGCCGGCCAUGACUGAGGCCAAAGCCACACUGCUCUCCAAAGGCCUGGCGUUUGCCUAUGGGCUGGUGUGUCUGGCCAUGGCCUACACCGCGUCUCACAUGGGCUCAGUGCUGCAGGCAGCAUUAAGUAUCUUUGGGAUGGUGGGUGGUCCUCUCCUCGGUCUCUUCUGUCUGGGAAUGUUCUUCCCCUGGGCUAACUCCACUGGUGCGAUAGUAGGGUUGGUGGCAGGCCUGGUUAUGGCCUUCUGGAUUGGCAUUGGGCAUUUCGUGUCCCGUAUGGCGGUGCCCACUACUCUGCCCCCCAUCAUCAACAGCACCGCUAUGCCCCUCCCCAGCAACAUGACCACUGCUGUCAUGACCACUGCUGUCAUGACCACUCUGAUUACCUUGAUCACCGCCAAACCAAAGCCUACGGGUGUGCAGGCCCUGUACAAUCUAUCCUAUUUGUGGUACAGUGCCCACAACUCUACCACUGUGGUGAUAGUGGGACUGAUAGUCAGCCUGCUGACUGGUCCUAUGAAGGAGAAGGACCUGACCCCAGGGACGGUGUACCCUGUCCUGGGCAACCUGCUCUUCUUCCUGCCUGAAUGCUACAGGGAGAUACUCUACUGUGUCACCCCACUGCCACAGAAGCCCAAAGCUAUCGACACGCAUCCUUACCAGAUGGCUCGGAAGGAGAGCAAUGGAGUGUCCCAUCCCAAAGAGGAGGAGAAGACUGAGGAGACGGAGCGAGAGAAGGAUGAGGACGAGGAGACCGCAACCCCUCAGCCUUCCUGCCGACUGGCUCACACGUUGCAGGAGACGGCCUUGUAGACACCCCCUCCCCCCAACACACACACACACAGCCCCCAGCCAAGUCUCAGCACUUUCACAAGCCCCAGCACUUUCACAAGCCCCGCUACUGCUCAGCUUUCUCUGCCCCAGGGGAGAAGAUCCACAUAGGACCGGAGGGCAAUGGAGACUCAGGGUUCCUGGACAUGACUUCCAUCAAGCGCCACAGGGUCAAUAUAGAGGAACAGGGAGUUUCACCUCUGACCCUUACUUCCUGGAGAAACUGAUACACCACAAAUCGCUGGUGGUUAAGAGAGUCAGAGCCCGAGUCCUUUGCUAGAUUGAAGAAUGGUGUAAUAAAAUGUGGUUAGUGGAUGGGGGUCCAGGGGUAUCUUGAAUUCAUUGGUACCUCAUUACCUCCUGGAUGGAGAAAUACUAACGCAACACAAGUGGCAAUCACGCUCCGAGCUGAGGAGAAGUCUCGUCAUUGUUGGACUGAACCAAAGCCUGGACUGUGAUUGUGUCACUCUGUGAUUUCGUCCAAUUAUGAUUGAAGGAUUGUGGCCGCACACGCGCACAAUGAGUUGUUCCAAUGACUGUGAAAAUGGACCCAAGUCUUUCUGUUUAUCGAAGAGAAUCAGGUAGUGACCAGGCAAUGAAGAGCGAGGUACUUCAGAUGUAACUGUCACUGCGUGUUAUUUUUAUAGAGAAGAUUAAGCAGGUCAGAUGGACUAAGAAUAUUACAAAAUAUUUGAUGUCCCAGUAGACAAUUUAAGGCAUAGUGACCGUGUUCUAGGUCCUUUUCACAUAUGAAAUUCGGUAUCCUUGAUCGGUUUCCUGAAUUGUGACGAUCUACAAAAUACGUUUUGCUUUCUCAAGAUCUGAAAAUAACCGUUUCAGAAUGUGAUUUGCGAGACACAUUCCACAUGCCGUUAGGAAGCUAGCUUGUUAACAACGGGCAAGAAGUUUCACACGACUCACGCUGCUGCGUCACAAUACCUUGUACUCUGGUCCUGGAACUUGGACCCGCCACUCACCCAGGUCCAGGAUCAGUUUGAGCCAGGGCUCAUUUGCGUUUCACAUGUUUUAUAGCUCGGAUCAGGUACCAAAUGCUCUAGGAUACGGAUCAUACAGAAAUAUGUGAAAGCGCCCUUAAUCGAUAGCUUUGGUUUCUUAAGCUCCGUACGUCUGUUUGCUUUACAUGGCCUUUGUUUAACGUUUGCCUUUCAAGCUGUUAUAGUAAAUGAAUACGUACUUAGAUAAGAGCGAGAUAAGUGCAGCAUACAGAUCUAUAGAGCACAAGGGAUCACACUCAUUUGCCAUUUACUGGGAUCAUGUUUUUAGAGAGAGAAAGGCCAUUGAGUCUGCUCUACUUACUUCAUUGAGACAACCAGACAAACUGUUGGUUUGCUAGUGACAUUAUUGAAUGUAGAAUACCAUGUCCUCUCAAUCCAUCCACACUGUAGAUCCCAUAGUUGUCAUGAAGUGCCUCAUCAGUAGUCUGUGUUAAAUGUAGUUCUGUUAAUUUGACAACUGAUCAGUGUGUAAUCAGGAUUGUGAUCAAGUAGACUUCUGCUGUAUCGCACAGCUAUAAUGAUUCUCCAUGUGUGUCUUGGAUGUUUGUUAACUUUACGUACAUGACUUUUGGCUCGCCCCCCCCCCCUUUAAAUGAAGUGAAGCCCACCUCAUUCCAGGACAUGUUUCAGGUGAACUUAGUCCGACGUAAACAGAUGUCAACUUACCCAAUGUGGGUUCAUCACUGUGUUCUAGUAAUACUGAAAUACACUCUGAGCACCAUCAAGACCAAUUCUGUUGCUGUUAUCUUUCUCUAAAGUUGGCACGGCCAUCUACCUAGAAAAUAUGUGAACUGUAGAGCGACAGGUGCACAUGAAGGCCAAAACAGUUGUAUUGUGUUUGCUUGAAUAUUAAACCCCUACAAAUCACACCAGGAAACUAACUCCAAGAUCGAAUAACACAAAAUGUACCCAUGUAAAGUGAACCUGUAAAUCAUGGCCUCUUAAAUGACCAAUCCUGAGUAGUCUAUAACCAUAGCAUCAAUACCAAGUUACUAUGAAGUGUGUUUAGUUUAGGGUACAUUUAGAAUGCACUUGGCCAUGAGAGAGAAGCACUUGAUCAUUUCAAAUGAUAAUAAAUAUUCUGACUCUAUUUAUUGUCAAUAUUUGUUCUCCCAUUUGUAUGAAUUAUUCCUAGUAUGUAUUCCACAAAACCAUAAGCAGUGGAGUUUGGUCAACUACACUGCUUUGGCUGGACCUUCAUUUGAUCUCUGUAUUGUAAUCUUUUUUUAACGUUGUUGGAUUUCAUGGAUGUUGAUUGGCUCAUCCUACCAGCACACUACACAGGGGCAGCUGUGACAGGUUGGAGUAGAGCUCCAUUCGUUCACCAAACAGAAUGUCUGUGUCCUGUUCAUUAAGUCAAAAUGGGAGUGAACGUUUUAAAAAAGAGAACAGAACUGAGCUUCCCUAUUGGAAAAGUGGUACCUUUUCCAUUUGCAAAUAGUUUCUCUAUUUUGGACACUACCGAACAUGAAAUGAGUCUUCAAUAGAGGCUAAUUCUGUGUCUGACCACUCUUGUUGUCAUUAUUUCACAACAUUGGCAUGUAUUUGUCCUCUCAAGAUGAAAUGUUGAAGUGAAUGAAUUGUAAGUGGUAAGAUCCUUCGUUGCUCUGUUUUUGAAAAUAAAAUGUUUUGAUUGGA